AUGAAAUUCCGAAUGCUCUGGCUCAUCUCUUUCUUCACACUCACCGACGGCGGGGAAGGCUUCCUGGGGAGAAAUGAAGGCAUGAAAACAAAAAGAGGACUCACUGUGAAUAAGAAAAAUCAUCCAGGCUCAGUCCAGGAAUAUGAGCUGCUGCUUCAGGUGGCCUACAGAGAUUCCAAGGAGAAGAGACACUUGAAGAAUUUUCUGAAGCUUUUGAAGCCUCCAUUGUUAUGGUUACAUGAACCAAUGAAGAUUAUCAGCGCAAAGGCCACCACAUACUGUGGGCACCAGAAUGGGGUCCUGCAGUGUUCCUGUGAGGACGGCUAUUCCUGGUUCCCUCCCUCAUGCCUUGAUCCCCAGAAAUGCUACCUUCACACGGCCGGAGCCCUCCAGAGCUGUGACUGUUAUCUCAACAACCUCACCCAGAGCCUCAGUUUCUGCGAGAGAGCAAAGGUUUGGGGCACUUUCAAAAUCAAUGAACGAUUUACCAAAGACCUUUUGAAUUCAUCUUCUCCUUCAUAUUCCAAGUAUACAACUGGAAUUGAAAUUCAACUUAAAGAAGCAUUCAAAAGAAUUCAAGAUUUUGAGUCGGUUCAUGUCACCCAAUUUCGGGAUGGAAGCAUCAUUGCUGGGUUUGAAGUUGUGGGUUCCAGCAGCACAUCUGAGCUGCUGUCAGCCAUCGAACAGGUGGCUGAGAAGGUGAAGGCAGGCCUUCGCAAGCUGUUCCCACUAGAAGACGGCUCUUUCAGAGUAUUUGGAAAAGCCCAGUGUAACAGCAUUGUCUUUGGAUUUGGGUCUGGGAAUGACGAGUACACUCUUCCCUGUAGCAGCGGCUACACUGGAAACAUUACAGCCAGGUGCCAGCCCUCUGGGUGGCAGGUCCUCAAGGAGACAUGUGUACACUCUCAGCUGGACGAACUGAAGAAGAAUUUCAGUGUGAUCGCAGGCAAUGCCACUGAGGCAGCUGUGUCAUCCUUGGUGCGAAAUCUUUCAGUCGUCAUUCGGCAAAACCCAUCAACUACAGCUGGCAAUCUGGCUUCAGUGGUGUCCAUUCUGGACAACAUCUUGUCUCUGUCACUGUCAAGUCAUUUCAAGGUGUCCAAUUCAACCAUGGAGGAUGUCAUCAGUAUUGCUGACCACAUCCUUAAUUCAGCAUCAGUAACCAACUGGACGGUGUUACUGCAGGAAGAACAGCAUGCCAGCUCACGAUUACUGGAGACACUGGAAAACAUCAGCAGCCUCGUACCUUCGACAGCUCUGCCCCUGAGUGUCUCUCGGGAAUUCAUUCACUGGAGAGGGAUUCCAGGGUCCCAAAGCCAACUUGAGAUGGGUUACAGCUAUGAGGCUAAAAUAUCGCCCCCAAAUACUUCCAUUCCCAUCAGAGGCCAUGUGUUAAUUGGGUCAGACCAAUUCCAGGGGUCCUUUCCAGAAACUAUUAUCAGCAUGGCCUCGUUGACCCUGGGGAAUAUUCUAUCCAUUGCCAAAAAUGGAAAUGCUCAGGUCAAUGGGCCAGUGAUAUCCACGGUUAUCCAAAACUAUUCCAUAAAUGAAAUUUUCCUGGUUUUUCCCAAGACAGAGUCAAAUCUGAGCCAGCCUCACUGUGUGUUUUGGGAUUUCAGGCAUUUGCAAUGGAACAAUGCGGGCUGCCACCUAGUGAAUGAAACUCCAGACACGGUGACGUGCCAAUGUACUCACCUGACCUCCUUCUCCAUACUGAUGUCACCCUUUGUCCCCCCUGCCAUCAUCCCCUUUGUGAAAUGGAUCACUUUUGUGGGACUGGGCAUCUCCAUCGGAAGUCUCACCUUAUGCCUAAUCAUUGAAGCUCUGUUUUGGAAGCAGGUCAAGAAAAACCAAACUUCCUACACGCGCCAUAUUUGCAUGGUGAACAUAGCCUUGUGCCUCCUGAUUGCUGAUGUUUGGUUUAUCGUUGCUGCCACUGCAGACUCCACAGUAAGCUUUUCUGGAGUCUGCAUAGCUGCAGUGUUUUUUAUGCACUUUUUCUACCUCUCCUUGUUCUUUUGGAUGCUCAUGCUUGGCAUCCUGCUAGCUUAUCGGAUCCUCUUUGUGUUCCAUCACAUGGGCCUGCAUUUGAUGAUGGCUUUCGGGUUCUGCCUGGGCUAUGGGUGCCCUCUCAUCAUAUCUGUCAUCACCAUUGCCGUCACGCAACCUGGCAAUGGCUACGAAAGGAAAGACGUGUGUUGGCUUAAUUGGUCUGAUAAGAGCAAACCCCUCUUGGCCUUUGCUGUUCCUGCACUGACUAUUGUGGCUGUGAAUUUGGUUGUGGUGCUAUUAGUUCUCACAAAGCUCUGGAGGCCCACUGUUGGAGAAAGGCCGAGUCAGGACAACAAGGCCACUAUUGUCCGCAUGGGGAAGAGCCUCCUCAUCCUGACCCCUCUGCUGGGGCUCACCUGGGGCUUUGGCAUAGGAACAAUAGUGGACAACCAGAAUCUGGCUUGGCAUGUUAUUUUUGCAUUACUCAAUGCAUUCCAGGGUUUUUUCAUCUUAUGUUUUGGAAUGCUCUGGGAUAGUAAGCUACGACAAUUGCUGUUCAACAAAUUGUCCCCUUUAAGCUCUCAGAAGCAAGCAUCAAAGCAGAACUCAAAAGAUGUAUCUGCCAAACCCAAAUUCCCAAAGCCUUUCAACCCACUGCAACACAAAGGCAUUUAUGCUUUUUCCCAUACGGGAGAAUCGUCAAAUGACAUCAUGCUAACCCAGUUUUUAUCAACUGAGUAA